AUGUUUGAGUUUGUCGACAAUUUCAAGUCCCAGACCCAGACCCAGACCCAUGAUCAUGUGACCUCACCUCCUCCUCACCUCCUCCUCACCUCCUCCUCACCUCCUCCUCACCUCCUCCUCACCUCCUCCUCACCUCCUCCUCACCUCCUCCUCACCUCCUCCUCGCCUCCUCCUCACCUCCUCCUCACCUCCUCCUCACCUCCUCCUCACCUCCUGAAGCACUCUUGA